UAUGUGCGGGGACAGGGGUCGAUGCGGAGCACCCGACGCCCCUGGCCAGGGAAGGAGAACGGAGGGGGUCCCGCGGGUACCCAGGAGAGAGGGGAGCUGGGAUUCCGCGGCCCUGGGCGGGAACGGACCUCCGCGGCCGCUGCAGCGUCGCUCGCCCCAUCCUCGGCCGGCCCCUCUCAGCUCCCCGGGCUUCUCUCACUGGCACGGCGCCCAACUCUCGGGGCCGCGUCAGUGCCGGGCCGCUCGGGUCCCCCUCCAGUCCCCGCUCCGCUUCCGGGGCCACGACUGGUACCCGAUAUCUGCCAAGGUGUGCCUCUCGCCAACGCUGUCCCGGCCAGGGCGAGCUCUGGCUGGCUGGCUGAGUUCCUCAGGGCAGCGGCGCGCGUUUUCGAUCCCGCCGUCGAGGACAGCGGCGGCAUCGUGGGCGUGAGCCAGUCCCCGCGGUCGGGGGGAGGACGGGGGCGCCAGACGCACUUGACCGUGGGCCACCAGCUUCCCGGCCGCGCAGCGCGGGCGGCGGGCUUUAUGUAAAUCGGGGCUGAGCCCAGGCGUCCUAGGUAGGAUGGACCAGCCCCCCGCGCCUCUGCCCUCACGUCCAAUAAGAAGAGCCCCAGCUUGACACCUGCCUAUAUACAGGCGAGCGCGCCCCCGGCCCGCGGACCGCGCGCACAGCCCACGCCGCGGGUAAGCGAGACCUCGGCCCGCUUCCAUGACUUCCAGUAAGAUCGAGAUGCCCGGCGAGGUGAAGGCCGACCCCGCCGCCCUCAUGGCGUCCCUGCACCUUCUGCCGUCGCCCACGCCCAACCUCGAGAUCAAGUACACCAAGAUUUUUAUUAACAAUGAGUGGCAGAACUCAGAGAGUGGAAGAGUGAUCCCUGUCUAUAAUCCAGCCACAGGAGAGCAGGUGUGUGAAGUUCAAGAAGCAGACAAGGCAGAUAUAGACAAAGCAGUGCAGGCAGCCCGCCUGGCUUUCUCUCUUGGUUCAGUGUGGAGGAGGAUGGACGCUUCUGAAAGAGGACAUCUGCUGGAUAAGCUUGCAGACUUGGUGGAACGAGACAGGGCCAUCCUUGCAACCAUGGAAUCCCUAAAUGGUGGCAAACCGUUCCUGCAAGCUUUUUACGUGGAUUUGCAGGGGGUCAUCAAAACCCUUCGGUAUUAUGCAGGCUGGGCUGAUAAAAUUCAUGGGAUGACCAUUCCUGUAGAUGGAGAUUAUUUUACCUUCACAAGACACGAACCCAUUGGAGUGUGUGGACAGAUCAUCCCGUGGAACUUCCCCCUGCUGAUGUUUGCCUGGAAAAUUGCUCCAGCUCUGUGCUGUGGCAAUACAGUAGUUAUUAAGCCAGCAGAACAAACACCACUCAGCGCGCUCUACAUGGGAGCUCUCAUCAAGGAGGCUGGCUUUCCACCAGGAGUCAUCAAUAUUUUGCCAGGAUACGGGCCAACGGCCGGGGCAGCAAUAGCUUCUCACGUUGGCAUAGACAAGAUUGCGUUCACAGGGUCUACCGAGGUUGGAAAACUCAUCCAAGAAGCAGCUGGGAGAAGUAAUUUGAAGAGAGUAACUCUGGAACUUGGAGGGAAAAGCCCCAAUAUUAUUUUUGCAGAUGCUGAUUUGGACUAUGCUGUGGAGCAGGCUCACCAGGGUGUGUUCUUCAACCAAGGCCAGUGCUGCACUGCAGGGUCUCGUAUCUUUGUGGAGGAGUCCAUCUAUGAAGAGUUUGUGAGAAGGAGCGUGGAACGGGCCAAGAGGCGCAUAGUGGGAAGUCCCUUUGAUCCCACCACCGAGCAGGGACCCCAGAUUGAUAAGAAACAGUACAACAAGAUCCUGGAACUCAUCCAGAGCGGUGUGGCCGAGGGAGCCAAACUGGAGUGUGGAGGCAAAGGGCUGGGCCGAAAGGGGUUUUUCAUCGAGCCCACAGUGUUUUCCAAUGUCACCGACGACAUGCGGAUUGCCAAGGAGGAGAUCUUUGGCCCUGUUCAGGAAAUUUUGAGGUUUAAGACUAUGGAUGAAGUUAUUGAAAGAGCCAAUAACUCAGACUUUGGGCUUGUGGCAGCUGUCUUUACUAAUGACAUCAACAAGGCCCUCACGGUGUCUUCUGCAAUGCAAGCUGGGACUGUUUGGAUCAAUUGUUACAAUGCCUUGAAUGCUCAGAGCCCCUUUGGGGGAUUCAAGAUGUCUGGAAAUGGAAGAGAAAUGGGAGAGUUUGGUUUGCGAGAGUACUCUGAAGUUAAGACUGUAACAGUAAAGAUCCCCCAGAAGAACUCUUAAGAUGGCCAAGAUGGAAGGUGAAGUCCAGCCUGCACGACUCUCCCCUCUGCUUUCCCUGCGGGGCCCAGCUCUCAGGAAUCCAAAGUUGAUACUCGGUCCUUAUUUAUCAAUUCAAGUGACAAUGUGUGGGCCAGGCCGGUCGCUGCAUAAUGAAAGCAGACCAGUUGGGCACGAUUUCUUGGCACUCUGUGAGGGAUCACCUUAAUGGUACCAGAUAGUGGGGAAAGUGGGAUGAAGGCAGGAGGAGUGGCUGUGGGGCACAUCGGUGUUUCCUUCUGGGGUGAGGGGCUCAGUGAGGGUGUGGUAUUACUCGAUGCCAUUUGUCACCAAGGACUUCCCUGGUGAGGAGAGGCGGCCUGUCCAUUGUCUUCAUUUCCCCUUCAGGCUCUCUCUGCUCACCCACCCCUCCCAGGGAGAUCUCAGCUGAGCUCAUUUGGGGCAGAUGUUUGGGCCGGGAACAAUUUUCCAAGGUUUUGCAGCCAAAUUACCGUUUCAUGUUAUCCAUUUCUUCAAAGCAAAACAUGAAAUGGUUUUACUUAGAGCCAGACCAGACUGAAAAUGCCAGGAGCUGGUACACUGCAGAUGUACUAAGGAGUAAGAACUUGGGAUAUUCCUGACCCAGACUAGUUGUUUUACAUCCGUAAAUAACAUGAGCAAAAGAUCAGAAAGAUGGAACUCCAAAGAUCAUCAUGUGUAGUUCACAGCCUCGGAGUUCACCGUGUGGUUUUGCGGGGGUGAGAGAGAGAGAGUGUGUGUGUGUGUGUGCGCGCGCGUGCAUGCAUGCAUGCAUUUAAUUCCUUCUUGGUUGUUCUAGAAUAAGUUGGGUGGUUGGUUUUUCAUAACUUGAGAUCUUUUCCAAGGGUUGUCUUUAAAAUCAACCAAAAAUGAUCUGAGUAGGCUCAAGAAUCUGGAAAAAAAUUGAUGCUGGGUGCCUUGCAGAAAUAAUCUUGUGUCCAGUACUGCUGACAGUUCUUAUGAAGUGAAUUAUCUCUGCAGUAGGAAUCUAUAGCUUCUUCUGCCCCCUCCCCCAGCCCCCAGCACAUCACACCUGUUAGUCCCAGUGCUCCAAGUGUUGCUUUGGCUGUCUAUGCCCUAAACCCACCGGCAGUACCUUGGAAAACCUGGCUAGGCCCAGAGGAUUCCUUCUCCAGUGUGCCACAGUUGCCACACUCCUCCAGAGCUCCUCCUGUCAUGCCCAGCUCAUCCAUACACCAUCCUGGCUCUCGGGCUCCGGAAGUGGGAGGCAUGAAGCAGGCCCACGCCCUUUCCUCCCAGCCGUGUUCUCCUCUUCCGCUUUCCAGGGAAGCUCCAUUUGACGUGGGCAGUGUCAACUUCCUUUCCUCUUUCCCCCUUUCCAGCUGCCGAAUUCAAUUCAUUCUCUAACCUAGAUGAAGAUCAUUUAUUUAAAAGUACCAAACAUAACCUAGAAUAUAUGAAAUAUGGGCAACACAUAUAUAACCUUCUGUAUUUAAUGGUUUUCUGCUUUCUAACCAUACUGGUUUUCUAUUUAUAACCCUAGUUUAUUCAUGAUAUUUUAAAGAAAUCUCUACUUGCUGUUAUUUACAAACGACAGUGGCCGGAUGCCUUGAGAGGUGCCACAUUUCUGAGUCCUUCAUCUGGAUGUCAUGCUCUCCUCCUAAAGCCUGUGUCCGAGUGAACAUAUCCAUUAACCAGCUAGUUACCUUUGAACUGCAAGAUAGAAUGUGAAAAUGAAGAUUUAUUUCUUUUAAUUUACUUAAAAGAAACCUCUGUGCUAGCAAUAAAGCAUUUAUAUUGUGUACUCCUCGGGA